CCAGGCAGGCAGGAAGGAAGGAAGGAGAGAAAGCAAGCGAGAGAGUGAGCGGUCGGGGAGCCGGAGGGAGAACUGAAAGUUGAAGCAAUCUAAAGCUCUGCGCUUCCUUCCCCUGCCUCCCUGUUCCCGUCAGCCGCUGGCUUUUGCCAAAGUUGUUAAAAAAAUCAGUUUGAGCUGAAGAAACUUGAAGAGGUGUCGUGAGGAAACGGAUAUUUUCUGCUGGCUGGUGGACACCAAAUUCAAGAGUUUUCUUGCUAGUGAACAUGCAUGAAACCUGACUAUUUCUACAUGACCGUGCGGGACAAUAUAUGGAAUGAAGUCAUGUCAUCCACAGGCAAUGGCACUGAUAUUGAAGAAUUUUUGGUCAACAUUAACCUUUCACAGUAUCUCCCUAACUUUAAAAAGUAUGGCUAUAACACUGUGACAGAUUGCGCGGGAAUAAACAACAGCGUGCUUCAGCAAAUGGGAGUGUUGCCUACAGGGCAUCGCAGAAGGAUUCUUAAGCAGUUAGACAAUCUUUUGAAAAUUCAAGGAAAUUCUCUUUUCCGUGAAAAUCUAAAAUUAAAAGACUUGAAAGGUUUAGAAGAGAAGCAACAUUCAUCCUCUGAUCAGGAGUCUCCCAUAAGCAAUUCAAGUUUAGAUGGGAAUGGUUUGAUACCUGCAACAUCAUCAGAACAACUUCCUAAAAAAUCUUAUGUUAAUCAGGAAAAGUUUGAACUUGCAGAGGAAAACUUGAUGGAGGCAAAUGAUGAUAGCAUUACAAAUUUGGAUUUUUCCAGUUUAUACCAUAAUUCAGACAGCAUACUAAGAGCUGUCAGUCAAAGUAGAAGUAUCAAGAUGAAUACUCAGCCAGAUGCAUCACCAACAGAAGCUGCUGCAUACCAAGCUGAUGAGCACUUGACUGGCCCUUUGGUGUUUCGUGAUCCUCCUUCAUUUGUUCAGUCAUGCGAGACAAAAUGCAAGGAAAACAAACAUCAGAGGUUUGCAGAUGAGAGUGAUUUAUCUGAUAGUAAACCAGAUUCUCCAUUCUAUAAGUUUAAAGGAGAAAUGAUAGACAAUGACUUAUAUGAUUCCUGUACACUAAACUGCAUGAAUGUAUUUCCAAGAGCAAGCCGAUCUUUUAUCUUAAGGCAUCGACCCGUACCAGAAAUACCCGAAUCAAGUAAAGUCCAAGUUUCAUCAAGUUCCCUUCAGAGAAGAAGAAAUAUGGACCUUGUAAAUAUUUCUUGCACUAGGAGGCAAACUUCACAAAACAAUACCUUCAUGGAAGAAAAGCCACCCAUUAUCUCUCCAUAUGGGGAAACCUUUAUUUCUGACAACUCUAAAGAUGCUAAAGAACUUCAUGGAAAUGAAUUCCUGACUUGUGAAAAUAAAUUUGAUCUAGAAGUGGAUGAAGAAUAUUCUUCCAGGAAUCUAUGUUACUUUAAUAAUCAAAAAGAGAAGACAAAAGAAUUUGCAAAAAAUGAAUCCUUGUCUCAGGAAGACCCAUCAUUAACACCAGAAGAAUCUGAAAAUGAAUCUGUUUAUUCUGUUGUGGAACAACAUUCAUUGUCUUUAAAGAAAAAGAAAAAUAAACCCAAAACACACUCAGCAUCUUGCAGUAAGAUACAAAGUGGAGAUUCUGAUCGCUUGGCCAGUGAACAAAGGAAAUUUUGGCAAUUUGGUGGAGAUCAAACUUUGAUUGGAAAUGAAUCAAUAACACCAUAUGCUUGCUUCUAUGGACCAUCAGUAAAGAAGGUUAAAGCAGGAUGGCUGGAUAAAUUAUCCCCUCAAGGCAAAUGUGUGUUUCAGAAGCGCUGGGUUAAAUUUGAUGGAGAGAGCAUUUCUUAUUACAACAAUGAAAAGGAAGUGUUCUCAAAAGGAAUAAUACUGCUCUCUGCAAUAGCAACAGUAAGAGUUCAUGGGGAGAGUAAGUUUGAAGUUGUCACGUCCCAUAGGACUUUUGUCUUCCGUGUAGAUAAAGAAGAAGAAAGAAAUGACUGGGUUAAUACGAUGCUCAGUGCCUUGAAAUUGCAGUCUGAUAAUAACUCUCAGUCUCGACCUUCUGUCACCCCUGAGAAAAGUGGAUAUCUUGAGCUGAAAGGAUACAAAACCAAAAUCUUUAUUCUACUUCAGGGGAGUACUGUAUGGAUCUGCAAAAAUGAGCAGGACUUUAAGACAGGAUUUGGUAUCACUUUAAUCCCUAUGAAUGUGGCAAAUGUAAAACAAGUGGAUCGGGCUGCAAAACAAUCUUUUGAAAUAAUUACUCCUUAUAAAAGCUUUAGCUUUACAGCAGAGUCAGAAAGAGAGAAACAAGACUGGAUUGAAGCACUCCAGCAAUCAAUAGCAGAAACUCUAUCUGAUUAUGAAGUAGCUGAGAAGAUUUGGUUCAAUGAGUCCAACAGGAGCUGCGCUGACUGUAAAGCUCCCAGUCCUGACUGGGCAUCCAUCAAUCUCUGUGUUGUCAUUUGUAAGAAGUGUGCAGGACAACAUAGAUCUUUAGGACCAAGAGAUUCAAAGGUCCGGAGUCUAAAAAUGGAUGCCAGCAUUUGGAGCAAUGAACUUAUUGAGCUCUUUAUCAUCAUUGGAAAUAAGAGGGCAAACAGUUUUUGGGCUGGAAAUCUUUCUCCAGAUGAAGAAUUGCAUAUUGAUGACCCUGCAGAAAAAAGGAUAGCAUUCAUUACACAAAAAUACAAAGAGGGAAAAUUCAGGAAAACACCUUUUCACUACAAAACUAAGGAACAGUUGAAUAAGGCCCUGUGUGCUGCUGUAGUCAAGCACGAUGUGCUAGAAACUCUGAUGUUACUCUUCAGCGGGGCCGACGCUAUGUGCGCCACUGGAGACCCUGUUUACAGCACCCCCUACUUAUUGGCCAAGAAAGCUGGACAAAGACUGCAAAUGGAAUUCCUGUACCAUAAUAAAUUCUCAGAUUUCCCAAACUAUGAUCCUUGUUUUGAAAGUGGCUUCUCUGAAGAUUCUUCACAUUCCACCUUUCUUUGUGAAUUCUUGUACAAAGUUUCUUCUAAUGCAGCUAAGCUUCCUACAGAGAAGAAAUUAAAAGAAGAUUGCAACAAAAGAUGGUGUACUUUGGAAAGUGGCUUUCUGAGCUACUAUGAAAAUGAUAAAACUACCACUCCUAAUGGUAUGAUUGACAUCAAUGAAGUUAUCUGUCUUGUAGUACACAAGUCAGACGUCUUUUUAAAUAGAGGGGACAUCUUUACAUUUGAAAUAUACCUAAUGUCAGAACGUGUUUUUCUAUUUGGAGCUGAAACUGCAUAUUCACAAAGAAAAUGGUCUUCAGCAAUAGCUAAGCAUUUUGUUCCCCCGGUGGCUGAAUCACUGUUAGAGCGAGACUGUGACCUUCUUGGGCAGCUGUACUACAAAGAUUGCCACAACCUGGAUCAGUGGAGAAAAGGCUGGUUUGCUAUAGAAAAGUCGAGCCUUUAUUUUUGUCUUGAAAUGGAGGAUGCCGAAGAAGAUUCCAUAUAUCUAAGGAGGCUGCAAGAACUAACAACCAGUAGUGGGAUGCAAAAUGGAGAGAAAAUAGACGUCCUGCUGCUUGUGGAGAAAGGAAGAACACUAUACAUCCAUGGCCAUACAAAGCUGGAUUUCAUGGUCUGGUAUACUGCAAUUGAAAAAGCAGCAGGUACAGAUGGUAAUGCAUUACAAGAUCAGCAGCUCAGCAAAAAUGAUGUUCCUAUUAUCGUGAACAGCUGCAUAGCCUUUGUUACACAGUAUGGUUUAGGUAGCAAGCAAAUCUAUCUUAAGAAUGGUGAUUCUUCCAAUGUGGCUGAACUGCUGGAAAGCUUCAAAAAAGAUGCAAGAAGUGUUAAACUAAGAGCAGGAAAACAUCAACUUGAAGAUGUGACUGAUGUAAUGAAAAGUUUUCUUUCUCAAAUAGAUGAUGCACUUCUCACUAAAGAACUUUAUCCAUUCUGGAUCUCUGCAUUAGAUACACAGAACGAAAAGGAACGUGUGAGGAAGUACAGAGCUUUUAUUCGGAGUCUUCCAUCAGUCAAUAGAGCAACUUUGGCUGCUAUAAUUGAACAUCUUUACAGGGUGCAGAAGUGUUCUGAAAUUAACCAAAUGAACCCUCACAAUUUGGCCAUGGUGUUUUCCUCAUGUUUAUUUCAAACUAAAGGCCAAACUAGUGAAGAAGUCAAUGUAAUUGAAGAUCUAAUAAAAAAUUAUGUGCAACUUUUUCAUAUAAAUGAAGACCAAGUCAAACAAAUGGACAUAGAGAACAGUUUUAUUACAAGAUGGAAAGACACUCAGGUUUCCCAGGCUGGAGAUUUGCUUAUUGAAGUUUAUGUGGAAAGAAAGGAGCCAGACUGUAGUAUUAUAAUCAGGGUAUCACCUUUGAUGGAAGCAGAGGAAUUAACUAAUGAUGUUUUAGGAAUCAAAAACAUUAUUCCCAGCAAAGAUGAUAUCUGGGCUGCUUUUGAAGUACUUGAAAAUGGAGAAUUAGAACGUCCUCUGCAUUAUACAGAGAAUGUACUAGAACAAGUUCUUCACUGGAGUUCACUACCAGAGCCUGGCACUGCAUAUCUAAUAAUAAAGAGAUUUCUAACAGCAGACAUGGUGAAUCUCUACAGUGAGAAAAGUGAGAAAGGUAGCGUGAAGGCAGGCAAUCUGAAGUACAAAGAGGAACCAUCAAAACUACUGUCUGGAAACAAAUUUCAAGACCGUUAUUUUGUGUUACGGGAAGGAAACCUGCUUCUGUAUAAGGAUAUGAAGGCUAGCAAACCUGAAAAAGUGUUGCCUGUCAAUUCUCUGAAGCUUUAUCUUGGAGUGAAAAAGAAAAUGAAGCCACCAACAAUCUGGGGAUUUGCAGUAUUUUCUGAAAAACACCAGUGGUAUAUAUGUUGUGAUGGACAAGAUGUGCAGAUGGAUUGGAUGAUCAGCAUUUUUAUGGCACAGCAUGCAGAUAUAUGGCCACCAGCUGGAAAAGCAAGAAAACAGUCCAUAACUAAAAGUCCAAAGAUCAGAGGCUUACCACUAAUUCCCAUUCAUCAGGAGAAGAACACUUGUAAAAUCAGAGGGAAUACAGAGAAUAUAGAAAUACAAACUGGAAAAUCAAGAUUUGGUGAACAUCAUGAUAUUGAAUUUCUGGAAGAAAGAAAAAACUUGAAAGAAAAAGCUUCUAUUGUGGCACAGUGUUUGGAAAGAAAGGAGGAGAAAGCGCGAAGUCAUGCAAAAACACAUCGAAACUUGAUUUCUGAGGAUGAUGCAGGCUCAGGGAUGACUGAAUCACACCAAAGAUCACAUAAGACACUGAAGAAAAAUAAAAAUAAAAAUAACAAAACUACAUUGGAACUAGAUAGUAAAUUGCCAUCAAAUGUUAUUCAGGAACUGAAUACAGUGCUGCAGAAGAGCAGAGCCCUUCACGAACCCUCCAGCUGAUUUCCUGAGCCUGAACUGUGAUGCUUAUAUAUAUUCUUGUGUUUAUAUAUAUAUAUACAUACAUAUAUAUAUUUGUGUGUUUAUUUUCUAUUCAAAAAUAGUCUGUUUUGAUGUGUGUAGUUUGUACAGUGCAGAGGAAAUAAGAAAAUAUAGUUUGUUUACAUGCGGCUAUUGAUUUUGUAUAUGUGUAUGCCCCAUGUUGUAGUUUAAGAGUGAACUGGGAGAACUGAUUAUGUAAAACUCCUGAAGUUUGGAAGUUUUUCUGUGCAGUGCAAGGACACCAGGGUUUUGUCUAUUUUGUUGUUAUUGUUUGUUUCAGAUUUUGUUUGACACAAGUAUUCUAAGAACUGUCAAAGCUUUUGCUCUUUUUAAACUCUGUACCAGUGUGUAAAUACUGGAGAGAUAUUUUUAAAAGACAAGGCAUACUCUGAAAUCCAUACUGCUGGCCUGCAAUAAUUUUAAUUGACUAACACUGUAAAAUUAGUAACAUCUGAUUUGAAAUUGAUUUUGUUUGUUUGUUUGUUUUCAUGUGUGGUUUUGUUUUUAUGUAAGGAGAAAAUUAAUAUUUGCUUCCAUAUAGUUGUCCUUUAACAAGGCAUCAUGUGAAAGAAUCAAAAGGGAGAGAAAUGUAGUAGAUGAGACAAUGUAUUAAUUCUUGUAUCUUGAGACUGUGUCUCUAGGGUGUACAUGUGAUUAUGACAUCCAAGUAAUGAGACUAUUGAGGAGAACCAAAAAAAGUCUCCAAACAACACCUAAUAGGUUUAUGAAUUGGAAGAAUAGUACCAUCUCAGUGGGCUGAAGUACUUUUCUAAACAGGCCUUGCUCAGCUCAGGGUGACAAAGGCAGGCUUUUCUAUUGCUCUGUGGAUAGAGCUGGCUUGGUGCUAACAAAGUUGCUGACCUCUCAUGAAUAUUUAGUAUUUAAAUGAGAAAUUAAUUCCUUUAAGAAAAAAUGGUCCCCACACAAACAAAUCAGAAUGCUACCAAUACAAUUAAGAAGUUCCAAAUCGUAAAUGGACGUAAAUCCAAAUCGUAAAUCUCUUACCAUGAGGACAAAGCUAACUAGUAUUCUGUUUGCAGGGACUAGGAAAUGCUUGUCCUACAACUUUUACCCCUGCUCUUCUGAGUGUGAGGGCUGGUCCCAGGGUUGAGAGAACAGCCUUGCUUGCUUGCUGCCUUUGAGUAUGUAGGUAGCAGUUCCUGAAGACAGUGAUAUAACACAGUACAGGUACUUUGAUUUUUAACCCCAGAGUUCCUGAAAUUUAAAAUCAGCAUUGCUUUUCAAAACAAAACCUAUUCAAGGAACGUAAUUAUUUUCAAUUGUUCUGUAGAUUUUAAUCUUCACUUAUCCCUUGGGAUUGCUGAUUUUGCUUCAUUCCAUAACACCUGGGUGGGCAAAAGGCACUGCUGUGCUGAGGUUGUUUUCCGGUGUUGUAGAUGCUGUCUGGUUAAGCAGCAGGACCAACAGACCAGAGCACUAAUGAGCUCACAUGGCACCUUUGCUUCAAGGGAGGCACUAAUAAGAGCAUCUGCCUGUUUUUGCUGCUGUCCCUUUCGUGGUCUGACUAGUCACACUGCCACAGAUUUUUCACCAGCCUUUUAAGAACUUGCUGAUGACUUUACUGUUUGAUUGGAAUUGGCCAGAUCUCUUAGAGUAGGAGAGAGGAAGCACAGAAGCAGUAUGCUCAUUUAUUUCUUCUUCUAUUUUUGGUAGUCACAGGUGCCCUAACAUUUCUCACAUCAUUUACUUCUAAUCUUGAUUACAUUGGGCAGCUUAAUUGGAAAAAUAAUUUGUUUGAUUGAAGAAAUUGGACAAGUGACUCAAAUAAUGUAUCUGGCAACUCGGCUAGGAAGCACAGAGAAAAUGAGAUCAAAGUCAAAUAUUUUACAGUAGUAUUUAUUAUUCUGGAAUGUAGCACUGACAUAGCAAGUCUAGUCUUUCAGACUUUGCACCUACCUUAUUUGACCAGAUGUUAAAAUGGAAACAAGUUUGUAGAUUUUCAUUUUCCCAGUGCGCUAUUGACUGUUUUGCUAUCUUCACUUUGUAAUUGGCCUCUUCUAAUCAUUGAAGCCCUGUCUCAAGAAAGCAUAUCAGCCUGAACUCAAAUUGUAUUGAUUAAAGCUGGUGCUUAAUGUUAAUAAACACAUUCUUAAAUGCUGAUUUGAGUUGGGGCCUAAUGCCAGCAGGAAAAAUUGCUUUAUUUUCUGUCAGGCUGGAUUUGAUUGUACUAAAUACAGUUAUACUUUUAUUUGCAGCUAUUUCUCAGUAUUGAGUUAUGGUUCUUAUAUUGUUUAUCUUUUUAUUGGGACCUUAAGAAUGACAUUCACUGCUGAAAGCCUCAUGCAUCAUUUAAGCCACUACACUAAUGGAGUAAGUGGAGCAGUGGAACGGUUUUGUGCAUUGAAGUGAACAUACCCAUGAAGAAAAUGUUUUCUGAAUUUUUUUUGGUUCUAAGGAAUACAGAAACACUUGUUCUGUUUCAAAACCAUGUAACAGGUAAAAUAUAUGUAUAACUGCUGCUAACAAGCCAUAAAAAUCAAGAAGAUAUUUAAUAAAAUGUGUUUACAUUUGGUGUUGUAUGUAUACAUACAGAAGCACAUAUAUGUGCACAAAUCUAUGUGCACAUUUACAGAGGCACACUGAAUGGUGACAUUGUUAACACAAGUAAAAUUUAUUUGGGGAAGUAGCAAUUAAAUUUGCAAUUAAUUAUUUUAAAUAGGUAUCAAAGUUUUGAACACAAUUGUUGCACUACACAUUUCAGAGUGUUCUAAGAUGUAGAGAAUAAAUGUGGUUUGUUGCAAUAUCUUAAUGGCUGCUGAUCUUUCGUUGUUCCUAUGCCAUGUUGAGGACUGGUAAAGUGUAAUUUUUAUAUAUGCUAUUUCUUAAAACUAGGUGGUGGAUUUUUUUUCAGAAAAUAUCAGUAAGAAUGUUAAAAAAAUAAUUUGUGCUUGCCCAUAUAAAAGCUAUUGAAUAACCUGGUAAGAGCUAAGUUUCUUAUCUGCAAAAUGAAGUUAAAUGCGAGACCGGUAUUUUAUGUAUGGACCUAUAACAAUGAGAAGACUAAGAUUAAUAUCUUAAUAAAUCUUCGUAAAUCUCAGGUUCAUCAUUACCUUGUUAAACUUGUGCAGUCAUGAUUGGUAGGUGUAAAGUUGACAUGUAACCAUUGUUCUUGUUGUUUAACAUAAUGUCUCUGUUCUGUUUGUGUGUGUUUUUCUUCAUAUUUAUUAGGAUGGGUAAUGGAAGCAAGUGAAAACCCAAGAAGAAAUAUGAGCUAGAUUUUUUGUUUUCUUUUUCUUUACUUGAGCUGGAUAUUGUCUCCUAUUUUAGAAAUUUUUUCUUUAAAACAGAUCUCUUUCUGAGGUACUAUUUUGGGAUGCCAGUUCAAAAGAGCAGUUUGACUAAUAGGUUUUGUGCCUCAGGAGAGACUGCUUGAGUGUGGGGUCGAUAUCACCAGCUGGGAUCUACAGAGCAUGUUCAUGCAGACCCUACCUUUACUAUGUGACUCGGGUUGAGAUACAAUUUUUGCAUUAAAGGGUUUUGCAAAUGUUACCUGAGAAUCUGUCCACUGGGGAAAGGAUAUCCCCAAAGAUUUCUUCACUUAAUGGGGAAGGCUUGGCCGUAUCGUUGAUUUUUGUUUCUUCCUUGCGAAGAGCUCUGGGCUGUUCUGCCUAAGGCAAGUUGUUAGGAUGCCUCCAGCUCUGUCUGCCAGAGGCACCCCUGGGGUCCCUUUUGCUGUCAUGUAUUGGGGUAGCUUUAGACUGCUCUGGAGAUACAGGUUUGUCUGAGAGUAAAAGUUACAGGAAUUUUACCUCACUGCUACGAUUUUUUUUCCACCCUGAUACAGUGCUGGCACAGUUUGUGUUCCUAUGCGUGCUGCCAGGCUCCUACCAUCUCCACAGCUCAAACUCCAGAUUAAAUCUAAGAAAAAAUUUAUAUGUUUUGCUGGGUUGGUGCCUGCAGGAAUAAGGAAGUAAGGGGUGCAUCUGUCACUGGUUAUGAUAUUUUGUUGUAGGCUUACCCUGUUAUAUCACCUCUCUGAUUUUUAUAUCCUGUUUUCCAGUGCAGUCUGUUUCAGUGGGAGGGAGAGUCAGCUAUCAGACUUUGCUUGAAUUUGAACUAGAACAGCUUCAGUUCUGCUUGACCCAAAUGGAAACUGAAAAAAAAAAAAAAUAGAAAAAAAGUAGUACUGACUCAAGUCCCUGUUUGGAGUAUAGAAUGCUCUAAAAAACUAUUUUGAUUUGGGCUGCUUAAGAGAAAUUUGUGGAUUCAGUAAGUUACAUUGGGAAAAUUGAACUAUAUAUGGGUGGGGUAGAAACAGACUACCUUGACAGACAGAUUGAAUGUACUCCAAGUUGAAUUGUUUGCAAAAAUAUGUACUAACUUACAAAACUGAGCCUAUUGUGGCAAGAUUGCCUGGCAAGAUUCAGGAUUCUUCAACACAGUAUUCCUGCUUCUGAACCACUGGAGACAUUAUCUGUGCUGUCAAAAAAUGAAGUAGUUGUCAAACUCACUGGUUCUUGAGACUGGACUGUUCUAAGUAAAAAGGCAGAAAACCUCACAGAGUUUUUCAAUGGUUCACAGUUGGUUUGGAGAUUUCACUGCUUUACUUGUGGCUCCACUGAAAGUGGGAUCCAUCUGCAGCUCAGUUAAGGGGAAAAAAAAUCCUGCAAUUUUAGCUCUUACCACGACUAUAGCUUAAUGAUUUAGUUAUUGUCUUUGCUGAAACUUCUUUGAGAAUAUUCCUGUUAUGCUUUCACUAGAAAUUCCUGAUGAUCUGUGGUACAGAUGAGCAAGAAGGAUGUGGAUGUUAAUGCCAAAUAGACAACUCUAUCUUCCUGCUUACCUGUACUUUCACUGCAGUUCAGAAUUUUACUUAAACUACCUGACUUUACUUGAGCCCUACUUCUUUCUGCUUCUACCUCUUCUGUGUCUUAGACUCUGGAAUAUCCUAAUCUUUGAGGUAUCUUCUAUACACACUCCCAACUCUGGUCUAAUAUAUGGUUCAAACUUUAUCCAUGAUUUCUGUUUAGAUCUCAUGACACCUCUGAAUAUUAUCUUUUGCCUCUCUUUGCAGAUAGUAUGUUCAUUAUGGUCAAGAUCAUUAUGUCAAAGUUGCCUUAGCCUUUUUCUUAAGUCCUGAUAGAGAUCUUAAUGUUACCAUAGAGAAAGGGAUUUUGCUGAAGUAAACGGGAGAGAGAGAGUUUUAGAUGUUGGCCAAUAGGUGUUCCAAAGUUCUGUAACCUAUUCCUAUAAAUGCCUCUGAAGAUCUUCUACAUAUUUACAUUAGUAGUCCUCAGCAAAUCAGAAGGCAAACUAAAAUAAAUGUGCUCUCUUUGCCUUUUUAAAUUAUUUUAGUUCAGUUCCUUAAUGGUCCUGUAAUAAUUGCUUGUGCCUGGUAAUAACACAGUUUCUUGCAAAUUAUACCUUUGGCUACAUAAAACAUUUUCUUUCAAAAUUUAAUUAACAUUGGUUUGUCCAGUGCUGCAGACAGUUUAAACUAAUAGAAUGAGGUUUGCUCUAUGUAUGAGUUUUAUUACAUUGUUUUCUCCUCAUCCACACUUAUAAUAAGUUUAAUUUAAAAGCAGAUAACUUCUUUGUAUUUGACUAUUUUGGCUUUAUAUAUCUAUUCAAAUUACAGGAUGAUUGAUAUAUCAUUUCUUCAAAUAGAUUGUAGACAUUUGCCUUUAGUUUAUUAUGUCUUUAGAAAUUAUUGGUUGUGAUGGGUGUCCAGCACUUAUGUUUGCUUUCAGAGUACCUCUUUUUCCCACUGUUUACUCAUUCAUCCUACGUAUUGGGAUUAUAUUAAAGCUCAUUAGAUGAUAAAUAUUUUAAACUACAUAUAACAAUUCUGAGGUCUUGCCAGGCUGUUAUGGGUAGAACAUUUUUCACAUGAGAAUCCUUACAGGCUUUCCUUGCAGGGGAAAUCAGGUUUCGUGAGAGAUUACAGAACGUUCAUGUAGGAGAAUGUGUCUUUAAGUCUUGGUUAAAUCACUGAGUAGAACAACAGUACACUUUGUCCAUAACCUAGAGAUAGUAGGAUUGGCUCCUUUUCUGUCACUUUUUGAUCUUAUAUAGCGCAGCUUGGCCAAGCAAAUGAGCUUUGAAAAUGUUUGCAUAGAUCUGUUCUAAGAACUAGGACAUAGAAAACCAAACAUGAAGCAUCUCUAAAAUAGCAAUAAAUCUGACCAUUAGUUUUAGAAAGUUUCUGGGCUUCCUCAUUAAAUAGCAAAUGCAUUUUCACUGGGUUUUUCCUUCCAGAUUUUAGAGAAAAAUUCUCACUAGCUUGAGCUUUCUAUGGAUUUUCAGUAUUAGUAACCAGGUUUAAAUUAGAAAGCUUAUUUUUCAAAACAUAAAUCUUGAUACAAAAAAGGUACUAGAGGUACAUUUUUUAAAAGACUUUUUAUACAGGUUUCCUUUCCUUUAUACUAACUACAUCAUAGCCGCAUUAACUUGUUUAGUUGUCUCUGAAUAGUAUUUCUGGGACAUAUUUUUUGUGAUGAUUAUUGAUCCUUUCAAUGUCAGGUAUGAAAACAAUUCAAAAGUUUUCCAUCUAUGAAUGAAUUAAUAAAAAUGCAAGUUUAAGUUAUUUACCAUUUACUCUUGGGGUUUCUAAAAAUAACCUGACAAUAUUACAUAAAAUAUUACUAUUGAGAUUCAACAGCCCUGAAUAUGUUGUUUACUUAAAUAAUGCAACUGUCAUUGGUUAUGGACAGCGAUGAGAAAUUAGUUACAGCGAAUCUGGUGUUUCAGCAGUUAGCA